AUUCUCUCUUUGUCUCUCUCUCUCUCUCUCUCUCUCUCUCUCUCCCCUUCCUUUUUUCUUUUCUUUUUCGCGAACCAAAUUCCCUUCCCCUCCUUCAACUGCCGACAAUCCACCCUAAUACCCACUACCGUCGAUAAAAAUUACCCGCAGCCAUUUUUGGUUCACGCAUCAAGUGUGAGCUACGGAUUUCGUUUCCAUUGCCGGUUAUACACGAAAUGUCGAACCCCGGGGCUAUACAUCUCGCAACUAAUGUUGGUGGAAAGCUAGAGAGAGAGGAAGUAAUCGACGCUGUAGAGAAGUACGAGAAGUAUCAUGGCUAUUACGGAGGCGACGAGAAAGAAAGAAAAGCGAACUAUGCUGACAUGGUGAAUAAAUAUUACGAUCUCGUCACAAGCUUCUAUGAAUACGGUUGGGGAGAGUCGUUCCAUUUCGCAUCCAGAUUUAAAGGGGAGUCUCUUAAAGAGGCCAUUAAGCGGCACGAGCACUUCAUUGCUUUACAGUUAUGUCUAAAGCCUGGGCAAAAGGUCUUGGAUGUUGGGUGUGGAAUUGGUGGACCAUUAAGAGAAAUUGCCCAAUUUAGCAUGACAUCCAUUACUGGCCUGAACAAUAACGAGUAUCAGAUAACAAGAGGGAAGUUAUUGGAUAGGAAAGCGGGAGUGGAUAAGUCUUGUGACUAUAUCAAGGCUGAUUUCAUGAAAAUGCCAUUUCCCGACAAUAGUUUUGAUGCAGCAUAUGCAAUUGAAGCUACUUGCCAUGCUCCUGAUGUGGUUGGGUGCUACAAAGAGAUUCACAGAGUUUUGAAGCCUGGUCAGUGUUUUGCUGCAUAUGAGUGGUGCAUGACCAGUUCGUUUGAUCCCAAUAACAAAGAACACCAAAGCAUCAAGAGGGAAAUUGAACUUGGGAAUGGCCUGCCAGACAUAAGGACUACAACGCAAUGCCUUGAAGCUCUCAAACAAGUGGGUUUUGAAGUUAUAUGGGAGAGAGAUAUUGGAGCAGACUUACCCCUGCCAUGGUACUUACCUUUGGACACAAGUGGAUUCUCACUGAGUAGCUUCCGUGUGACAGCCGCUGGACGGUUUGUGACCAGAAACAUGCUUAUGGUUCUGGAGAGUGUGGGACUUGCACCUAAAGGAAGUCAGAGAGUUCAAGCCUUCUUGGAGAAAUCUGCAGAAGGGCUAUUUGAUGGUGGAAGGAAGGGAAUCUUCACCCCAAGUUACUUCUUCUUGGUCCGAAAGCCCCGUUCGGGCAGCAGCAGCUUCCAAGCGGCCGGGAAUUAACCAACAAAUCUGUCGGCCUUUCAAAGAGGGCUCAAAAAGCCCUCUCAUCUCGGAGCACCACGUGACUGUGCUCUGAAACUACUGUACUCCUUUGAAAGAGGGCUUGGAAAGCCCUCUCAUUUGUAAGACUUAGGUAUAAUAAGGGUUCAAGUACCACUUGCGUUUGGUUUUGAAUUUCCUAGGUGCUUAUGGUGUCAUCACAGACAGCUUGAACUAAACUAAUUAUUUUCAAAGACAUUUAAGUAUUUUUAGUGUUUGGUGAAAA